CCGCUGCGACGUUGCGAAGGCUCCAAGAUGGCGGAAGCCUUGACAACCCAGGAGCAGCUGGCUGUGGAGGAGUUCCUGAGUAAGGUGCGUCGUAGGGAACUGCCUCACAGUGCUGGGCUCGUCUCACAACCUACAGCUGUUAAGUUUCUCAUGGCCCGCAAGUUUGACGUCGCCAGAGCCAUUGAUCUAUUCCAAGCAUAUAAGAACACAAGAAUCAAAGAGGGCAUCAUUAAUAUCAACCCAGACGAAGAGCCCCUGCGCUCUGAGCUGCUGAGUGGCAAAUUCACAGUCCUGCCUGGCCGAGAUGCUAAGGGUGCAGCUCUAGCACUCUUCACUGCCCGCCUCCAUCGUUCAGACAUUACCACCCACAAAGCUGUGUUGCAGGCCAUCAUAUAUCAGCUGGACAAAGCCAUAGAGUGCUUACAAACUCAAAGAGACGGACUCAUUUUUAUUUACGACAUGACAAACUCCAGUUAUGGAAAUUUUGACUACGAGCUCUGUGUCAAGAUUCUCAAUUUGCUUAAGGGGGCAUUUCCAGCUCGUCUAAAAUGCGUCUUCAUUGUGUCCUCGCCACUUUGGUUUCGAGCACCUUUCGCAGUUCUCCGCCUUUUUGUGCGCGAGAAGCUGAGGGAAAGGGUGUGUACAGUUAAAGCUCAUGAGUUGGCCAGUCACAUCCCAACUUCCUCCCUCCCUGAACACCUGGGUGGGACAUCUCAGUACAGCCACGUGGCCUGGAUCCAGUCGUGUGUGAACAUACAAACAAACAGCGUUCAGGGCGACACGCAGGAGCACGACGCGCACGACUGCGUGGGAAGUCUGCUGCGCUCCUACAGUUUAGAUAACAGCAACACGAGCAUAGGUGCAACGCUGCCCCACGCCCACAUGAACACGCAGGUCACCGAGCAGGUUGUGGCCAACUCCAACUGCUAUGACGACAACAACGCUAACCCACACAACCACUGUGGUUUAGUCGAGGGCAGGACUCAGGUUCUAGACCAACAGGGCCCGAACGCCAUCGCAGACAAGUCGCAGGGAAACCACCAUCACUGGAACGGCUCGGCGGUGAGCGGCGCCAACACGAGCGUCACCGGCUCCAACGCAAACAUAAACGGGCGCGGCUGCCAGCCCCCACCCCAGUCCGACACCCCACCCAGCACACCACUUACACACAAGGAUGACGGGCCCGCCGCCAGCAGCAAGGCGGUGGACACUCCCAGAAGCUUUCAGAAUGAGGAUGUACAAGAGGAAGAUGAGGAAGGGGUGCCCCCGUUGCCUCAGAAAUCUCUGCCUCGCCCACCCAACCAGCCUUUCUCCCAAUCGCCGCCCCUGUCCUCGUCGUGGGGUCCCGAUGAUGACGACGAUGAGAACCGCAGCACAGAGCUGUCCGUUCACAUCCCCGAACAGGGAGGCUUGACCGUGUAUGACCUGGUGGACUAUGUGAAGAUGAAGAAGAAGAAGGGGAUCUAUCAGGAAUACGAGGAGAUCCGGAAAGAGCCUCCAGCGGGAUCGUUUGACUAUUCCAAAAAAUUGCCCAAUCAAAUGAAAAACCGGUACAGUGAUGUUCUCUGCCUGGACCAGUCACGAGUGCACCUCUGCAAGCUCUGUGACGACGAUGACGAGACAGCUGACUACAUUAAUGCCAGUUUCAUGGAUGGGUACAAGAGCCGCAAUGCCUACAUCGCUACUCAGGGUCCUUUGCCAAAAACGUUUGGUGACUUCUGGCGAAUGGUAUGGGAACAGAUGGUACUUAUCAUUGUCAUGACCACUAGGGUUGUAGAGCGCGGGCGUGUCAAAUGCGGUCAGUACUGGCCUCUUGAGGAGGGCGGGAAGGAACAACAUGGAUACUUCGUGGUUAGGAACACACAUAUCCAAUUGUUUCAGGACUUCAAACUUUCCCAUCUAGAACUAUACAACACUCAGUCUGGAGAAACACGGGAAGUAUACCACUACCUCUAUGUAAGCUGGCCAGAUUUCGGCGUGCCAAAAAGUGCUUCUGCUAUGUUGGACUUCCGUGAGCACGUACUUCAAAGAAGGAGGUCUGCAGUUCAGAGCCUGGGAUCCAGCUGGAGGGGCCCUCCAUGGGGGCCUCCUGUGGUUAUACACUGCAGUGCUGGCAUUGGACGCACAGGCACAUUUUGCACGCUGGACAUCUGCCUGUCCCAGCUGGAGGACGUUGGUACAGUAGAUGUCCAUCAGACAGUGCGGCGGAUGCGGACGCAGAGGGCUUUUAGCAUCCAGACCUGGGACCAGUAUUAUUUUUGCUACACGGCAGUAAUCGAGUACGCCCAGCGACAUGGGAAGCUGACUCCAGUGCAGUGGUCCGACUCAGACUUGGAGACUGACAGCGAGUGAGACACGUGUGGAGAGUUGACCAGAUGAAUGGGUUAGUCAACCUAAGCAGACGUCAUAGGAAAGAAAGAAUGAGGAGCAGCGUUUCAUAAUGAAGGAGCCCCUUCAGUCAUAAGCGAGAAGGGAGAAAAGAUGGUAGACUCCAAUAGUUGCUCUUCCUUCACGUGAGUGGAUAGAUGGAGGUGAUGAAGAGCUGGAGAAGAAAAUAUAGUGCAGUGGAGACUAUGCAUUGCAUUAAUGAUGAGCAAGCUGGCCUGCCAAUAAUCCAAGCCCCUUUUUAUUUAGGAAACUAUGAAGGGACUUGUCCUGCCCCUAAACAUUUCUUGUUGAAAAAAGCGUUGUACGAGUUGUAGCAUUUUUAUAUUGACUUGCACAUGAGGAAUGACAAACUUGAACUCUUAACCCCUAGAAGCCCUUCAAACCCCCAAGAAUUUUUUUUUUUGUGUGUGUGAUUGCGUGUGUGUUUCUGGUUCCUUCUCACCUCUGAGCAAAUCUGAUUACAGACGAAAUGCGAGGGGUGUGAAAAGGUAAAACUUGAAAUCAUUUCCUCUUUGUUUUCAUACAUACAUAUAUAUAUAUAUAUAUAUAUAUAUA